CUGUCCGAAGAAUCUCUUUAGUAACUAUGUACUUUCUCUCUCUAUAAAAAAACCCUUUUUUAGUUUCUCUCUCUACAAUACGAUCUCGUUUCGUGCUCGAUCGGUCAAUGCCGAUAUGUGUUGAAUUAGAGUUAUGGCGGGAAAUGUGAGAUUUGAGUCUAGUUCAGCUAGUCCGGAAGAUUUGGCAUCUUCAGGGAACUAUCCAAAUGGACAGCGGGGGAUUUAUUCAUUGGAUAGGUCUGGAAGCUUCCUGGAGGGGAGUGAGAGCCGAAUGUUUAGUUCUGUGAGCAGUAUGUCUCGAGGGAUGGCUACGCCAACAGGGGAUGUUCCGUCAUUAUCUCAGUGGUUAACAUUGGAUCCUAUCACAAUGGUUGAUCAAAAAUAUACACGGUUAGGUGAUCUGAUAAGGAAAGCGUUGGGGCCGUCUCUUGGGACCACUGCAGAAGAAAAUGCUUUUGGAGCUGCUCAUGCAAAGCCUCCCCUUGCGGUAGCUACCGAGGAAUUAAAACGGUUUAAAGCAAACGUGUUGGAUGGCUCUAAUAAGGCCCGGUAA